CGAGGCUCUCCACUAACAUUUCAGUGUGUCGAUCGCGACUUACUCUUGCAUCUGCACGCCAACAUGCCCUCCUCAAACCCCGCCAUCUCCGUUCACCUUGCUCGCACCUUCUUGAUGCCCGGCCACUCGGUCGAGGGUGAAGUCGAACUCAACUUCCAAGAGUUGCAGCAAGACAACAUUCAAGAAGUGCACGUCAAGCUCAGGGGCGUCGUGCGAACGGAGCUUACCGUAAACACCACCACAGACAUCAAGACUGUGCCGUUGGUCCGCGACGAUGCGUCCGUCUGGUCCCAGGGCGGCGCCUAUCCACCACCUGGCUCCAACACCAUACGCAUCCCCUUCCGCUUCCUCCUUCCGCCGGACCUCCCUCCGUCUUUCCACUACAGUCGCUACGGCCGGAAGGGCGCUGUGCGAUAUGCGGUAACUGCUGUCGGUACUCGCCCUAGCACCUUUAGCUUGAACCGUCGUGUGCAUGCUCCUCUCGCCAUUAUACCCAAGGAUUCUCCGCAGGGCGUGGCGCUCAGAGAGAAGCUCUCUCUGAUGGCGGCCACGGGCGCAGAAUGUGAGUGGCGGAAGGAGCGGAAAGAAGAGAAGAUGCGACGCGGACUCUGGGGCGACUACGCCACUGCUCAAGUCGAGUUGCAGAUCCCGAAAGUGGCGGCGUGCCCUCUCUACGUGCCGAUCCCGUUCGUGAUCAAGAUCAAGACGAUCUCUGCGCCUCUCACGCGCGCGAAGGCCGACGCGCACCCCGCAGAUCAGCCUGUCUUUCCUCCAGUGCCCACCUCAUUUAGCGAAGUGCAGUUCAAGCUCCACGAAAAGCUCUUCAUCAAGGCUACCUCGCUCAAAGAGAAGGUCCCCGCGGACGUAGUUCAGUUCAAGCCGCACGCUGAAUCGGAUACUGUGCUCGCGGAAGACGUGCCCCCGCGCACAUGGGUUGCGCUUGACAGCACCGACGAGAAGAAGAGCGGGGAAGUUGAUCCGCACGCUAAGGGUACAUGGGUCCAGGAAGCGACGUUCAAAUCCACUUUCCGGCUGGACUGCCCGCCGACCUUCGCGUUGAACACGCUCACAUGCGAUUACGACCUCACGUUGAAGGUACCCUUUCCGGGUGUUGGAAACGAUGUUUCGCUCUCUAUGCCCAUCGUCAUCACUUCCGGCAUCGAUGUGCCAGUUGUGCGGGACCAACCAGACGCAUCUGGCGCCCCACUGGACUUGCCGCCCUCAUACUGGGACGCAGGCGACAAGGAUUGGGACAUUGACCUCAAGGAUUAAAGCGUGACUUACAUCUCAUAUCCGACAUCGGCGCCAUUAUAUCCUUGAUGAAUGUAAGAUCGGCAACUACCUAUUUAUUGGUUCGGCGUGAUCCA